CACAGGCUUAUCAUAUGAUUUCUUUUUUUUUUCCCCAUCCAUACAUUUUAUUUGAUGAUUUCUUUCGCUUUCCUUUGUCGUGCUUGUGUACAUCAAACGGUAAAUACGACGACCACAUCAACGACCUAUUUUCUGAGAUUAUCACUAUUCUGAUUUCAGAUUGAAAUCUUUUUUUUUCGCAAGAUCUUAGUACUUCGAUCAUCUUAUUUAGUACUUAUAAAAAGCUUAAUCGCUUUUUUUAUGUCUUGAUCUUGAAGAAACCAUGGCGCCCGGUGGUCGUGACAAGAAAAAGCAGCUCCGUGAGCUAGCUGGCGUGCCUCAGAGUGGACAGAUAUCCUCUAGCUUUGGUCCUGGAAUGACCUUAGUGGAUGACAAUGCUGGGUCGUAUGGUUCUGUCGGGAAUGGAGGAUCUGCAGGUGGUCUAGGCGGAGGUCUAGGAGGCCUUUUCGGCGCAGGAGAUGAGGGAGACGUCUCCAUCGACGUGAAAAGGAAGAGCCUAGAAGAGCAGAAAAAGAAGGAGCAAUUGUUGGCGACGUUGACGGAGAAGACCAAGGAAGUGAAUAUUGGGUUGACCAUUUUCGCGUCACACAGGAGAGUGACGCAUGACGCGCUCGGAGCUGUGAUCAAUAUCAAAAACCCAUCCGCGAAUCCAGCUUCGACCAAAGAAGCUGUCGACAAGGUUCAAAAACUCUUGAACGAAACCAAGCAGCUAGCUGAUCAGUCUCAAAAAGCCAUGCUGGAACUUGAGCAACUUCAGCCUAAAGCGAAGUCGCCUGCAGAGAAACAGAUGGUCUCUAGAACCUUGAUGCAAGGAAGUGAAGGAUUCAAGGAUGGCCUUACCGAACUACUGGACUUACAGGAAGAUUUUAGGGAGCUGGUUGGAGAAAUGAAGACGGCUGGGGGACAGACAGGUAUAAAAUACACAACGACAACUACUGAGCAGAUCAUCUUUUUCUUUGCAUCUGCAUGGAAGAUGUGAAAUGGAAAUUGAUCCCUUGUUGGUUAUCAUCUGCUGCAGUCCCAGUCAUUUGAUCUUUUCAUAAACUUAUCAUUGUCAUUCCUGUUACUCACCUUCUUAGUCUUCAUAAGCCAUUACCAAUUAUAUUGGAUCAUGUCUUCAUAACCCAUUAGCAAGUUACUUAAAUGGAUCACGUCUUAAUAACCCAGCAUUACCAAGUUACUUAUAAAUGGAUCCACACGUAAGUUUACCACCUCCUCCCAACAGGUGGCGCCCAAACGCAAAAGCAAGCCGCAACACAGAACCAGCAGCAGUUGCAAAAGUUGCUGGAUGAUGCUGUGGCGAUCAAGGCUCUCGAAACUCAAGUGUUGGAGUUGAAUGAUAUGGUGAACUACUGCAUGGUACUGUCAAUACUACUUACUGUCAAUACUAAUAUUGCCGCCGAUUGACGUUUUACCUUCAGCGUCUGCUAGAAGAAGUAGGACAAAUGGUUAAGUAGGACUAGGGCUAGGUCGUUUACGUUUUAGAGCGCUGUAUUGGGUGGUCCAAAACGAUGCUGCAACUUUUGAUCAUGCAGCUUCAAACUUUCUUCCUGCUACUCUUAUUUUCUUCCUGCUGCUCGUUCUGCAGCUCGUUGUACUCCUAGUUAAUAUUCCUUGUUCACAUGCUCCUCGUCCUACGAUCCUCGUCCUACGAUCCUCGUGCUACGAAGAUCCUCGUCCUACGAUGAUCCACCUAUGAAUUACUACACAAUCAAAAAAUCCACUUUGAACUUGAACUACAGGCCCUGACCGAAAAGCAAACGAAACUCCUUCAAAACAUUGAAACCGCCGUGGACGAAACGGAGGAAUACACUGGCGCUGCUGUCGUCAAGCUGGAACAUGCUGAGGAGCAUCAAGACGCCUAUCUUCGAAAACGGCGCAUCAUCAUGUGCAUGAUCGGAAGUGCCGUUGUGAUCUUGAUAGUGUUAAUUGUCCUUCUCUUGCUCCCGAAAUGCGGAGUCGACGUGAAUUGCGGAUGUGGUGCAAAAAAUAAUGCAGGAGGAGCGGCACCAGCUGCAGGAGGAGCGGCGCCAGCUGGAGCGGCACCAGCUGGAGCGGCGCCAGCUGCUGGAUCGUCUUUUUUGGAGAGCUUGUAUCCGCUUCGUGAUUGCCCAUGUGAGUGUGACGAGGAAAAUGCGAAUACGGAACAUAUUGCGGAGCAGGGAAGUUCUACUUCCGCACCGUCAUUCCUGGACGAAGACGAACAGGAACGUCAAGAUGAUGUUGUCUUGACCAAACAAGCUUCCGGUAUUGCAGCAUUAGAGAUCGAUACGAACGGAGACGUUUUGAGCAAUCCGGCGGAAAAAUCCGGAGACUUCUAGAUGCAACAAAAACUGGAGACAUUUGAUUGAAGUUGUUGUUGUAGGAGAAUUUUGUAUUGUGAUAGUCAUGUACAGCGAUUUUUGGAAGAAAUUGAAAUAAGUAGGAUCAAGAAUACAACAGUAUAUGGAUCAACAAUGAAGAGUGAUAAUAUUAUCGAAAAAUGGCACAGUUAUCUAACAGAAUUUUUACGCAUCGAAACUGAAAAUGUACGAUGGGAAAAAGAGGAGUGAUUUGAUGCAAGAACAUGAAUACUUCGAUUAAACAAACGCAAGAAUAAGAAAGGAGUAGCACGAAGUCAGAAAAUGGUAGAUAGAGGUAGAACUUGUGCUUGUGGAGCAAUGAUGAUAAAUAGGAGACGCUAGUCCAGCACCUAUGCUUAGUUCUUCAACUUGAAAAUUAUGUUAGGAAAAAACGACGUUAUUAAGUAGCAAUUAUGUUGUAGACGAAACUACAGCAGCUUGUGCUUGACUCAGCUAGGUUGCUGAAAAAACACAUGUAGUCGUGAAGCUUAUGGUUAUGGCUGCUAUGUAUUGCU